UUUCAUGUCCUUUGAAUGUUGAAUAAAACCUCAUUGUUUGUUUCAGUCUAUCGUGGGGAGUGACGACCAGUCCUGGGGAUGGAACCUGAGCACUCUGAGACUACGUCACGACUGCAGCAUGGACAGUGCCGACUAUCCUGUUGUAGCACCUUACGAUGAUUUUGAAGUGCCCGACAGUUUUGGUGUUGUACUGGACAUGUAUAAGGGAACACUGGGUUUCCUCAUCCGAGUUGGCGACAGAAGAUGUUACCUUGGAGAUGCCUUCACUGGGCUGCGUGGGAAGGUGCUAUUUCCCAUCAUUAGCACCAGCUCAGUGCCCUGCCAGGUCACCAUCACUUACAACGGCGGCUUGGACUCGGAACCCCGCUCCUUGAUGGAGAUUUGCAAGAAGUCCAUCAUGCAGACUGUUGAAGAUGACGACCUUGAAAUGAUAGAAGAGCUGGACUUGCCUCAGACAGUUAUUAAGCUCCCCCACUACAUAAUUGCCCCGCCCACUCCUCUUACCCCCACCAUCGGCAGCGAGACCUCAGAGACCACGCCGAACUUGGUCAGUCUCUCUUGA